GCUCCACCAUCCACAAUCCCACCACGCCGGCCAUCCACCACCAUUCCACGCAAGCAACACCACCACCUCAGCCCAGCUCAACGGCGAUCCGCGCUUCGAGGGCUUCCCUACCGUCUUCUUGAGCAGGGCUCGUUUCCCCCAGCCUCGUCAUGCCCACCAAUCGUUCACGCCCCCCACACGCCCCGGCAUGCAAAAAGAGGCCUCUCAACCGGCCCGUCUUUUCUGCUUACCACCAUAUCAUAUUAUUGCUGGCCCAUGGGCUCCCUCGCAUAGUCGACACACCCAUCAUCCACUGCGGAUCUCGAGGCAGAAGGGGUCUUGCGGGGUGCUCGGGAUCAUCACCCUUCCUAGCGCCGGCACGUACACGCCCAAGCAAGAAAAAAAAGUGAGGGCGCUUGUGGGACCGACCCGAUCGAGGCUUGCAAUCCGGGCUUUUGCUCGUCGUCAUCGUCGCCGGGGGAGGCUCCGGUUUUUUGCAGGCAUUUCCAGCCAGUUGCAAUGGCCAAAUUCGUCCACCCUCCCCCGCUUGAAGCAUGUUCCUCGUCUCUCAAUGCACUCGGCGGACAACACUGGGGCGGCCCUCUUACCUGGAAAGUGGCUUGCAUGUCGAUCUUCAGGCAGGAUACGAACAGCGCAAGAAAACGAUACCACGUCAGUACGUACCCGCCCACGUGGCGUCUGAAAAGUCGGCUGAACAGCCUCAACGAGGGACAGAGCUAUGAGUGUAGUCCGUGUGUGCCCAAUAAUCAAAGCCUAGCCCCCGAGUCUCUCAGGUUGACCCUCCGAAGACAGCCCUCACGUGGUCCAACUCCUCGGGUGUUGCUGCUUCAGACGAGACAAACCAUAGCCAGUCAGUCGGCAGGCUUUGUAGGGGUUUGUGUGCUGAUCCACACUCGUGCAGCCGCGGCAGGCUACUGGGGCCAACCCGACGUCAUGCCUGCAAUGCGGUCAUGCUGCAUGUUCAGGUGCCUGCGUUGCUGGACUGGGGGUGCAUACAACCCGCAGCUUCAUGGGACGCCGUGCAAUGCCACUGGCGGACCAAGCCGUGAGGUCGUGCCUUGAGACGAAAGGAAAUGGGUUCGUGAUUAUGAUCGCCUGCGCAAUCUUGCCCUGCAUUCUUCAAGUGAUGGCGUUUUGAGUGCAGUGACUAUUAAGAACGGAGCUGCGAAGCGCUAGAGGUGCGCCUGUGUCGCGACCCUGCAUCUUUCCACUCGAGGCAGUCGGAUGAGAUGGAUUUGGGUGGUAGACUGCAUGAUACAUGAUACUUUUGGUCAUCAAACUGUCAAGCCCAGGUCCAAAGGAACAGACCACAAUAAGCAGCGUCGUGAUCACGAAACUCGCAAUACUUUUAAUAACACCGUUG